AUGGAUUGUCAAUAUGGAAUUCGUCGCCGAACUGCUCCAUUCGAUGAGAUCGAAGAAGCGCCACAAGUAAAGAGAUUCCGCGAUGACGUGAAGGAUAGCCAAACGACGGUAGCCCAACCGCAGAAUUUCCCUCAGCAGGAUCAGCAUCAGCAGCUCCAACAGCAACAAACACAAACCGCUGCUGUUGUUCAACAGCCACAACAACCAACACAAACUGGUCCAGCUCCUGAACAAGUCCCCAAAUUUUACAUCUCGGCUCCAAUUCAAGGAUACACCACCAACAGCCAAGGCGGGUGCCGGUAUUUGUUUUUUUGA